CGCGUCCACAGUUUGCCUUCAAUUUUUCAUUGUUUUUCAUGGUUUUUGUUAUUGAAUUAAUCGUAUAAAUGCGUCGUGUGAUGUUUUGAGUUUCCCCUAACCGACUUGUGUGAUUAUAACGCAGGAUUUGACGAAAUUGAGCCAAAUUUUCGGGUUUCAUCUGAAUGAUUCCUGAAGUUUGAAUUCUGCAAAAAUUCUGGUGGGGGAAUGGUGUUCUGCAGACCUGGGACUACUCUGGUACUUAACAACGAAGCCUUGCUGGUGGUUUACCAGGUUUACCCUGCAAAAACCCGUACAUUACUUUAGGUUGAUUCCUGUUUAUUUCUGGGCCAGUAUUAGGUUGUAAACACUAAUUUAAUGAACUUCAAGAAACUAAUACCGUUGUCAGACCCAAGGGUAAAUCCCCAUUUGAGGCAAACCAAAAACUAUAUAAAAGGUUACAACUUGGAUUUUGGCACUUAUAAUGAAUGCUGGAAAGGUUCAAUGGCAACUGUAGUACCAACGAAUGGUACAAUAGUUUGGGGAGUGGUUUGGAAAAUUCACGCCAGUGAAUUACCCGAGUUAGAGAAAUAUCACAGAAAAAAGUUAGCAUAUGUACCCAUUAAUGUGACGCUGCAAUUGGAAUCUGGAGACCAUAUAGUUACAAGAACAUACGUACAAACUAAUACAACGCACAAAACAGUACCUUUAGAAAAUUUGCCCUGCAAAAGACGGCCAUCAUUAAGUUAUUUAAAAACUGUGAUAAAAGGUGCUGAAGAAGCCAAUUUACCAGAAAAGUACACCAACAUGCUUAAAACAAUUCCUGUGCGAGAGAAACUGAAAGACGUGGAUGGUGUGUUUUAACUUUUUGUUCUUCAUUGUGAGGAAAUCAACCAGAAAAACGCCGUCCAGACUACAUCGAUAUGCAAGAAAACUAUGUAAUAUUAAACUGUGAUAUUAAACUAGAUUUAACGUGCAAAA